AUGUUUAUAUUUGGCACAGCGUAUACGCCGUAUACGCUGUAUACGGAAGUAGCGUAUCGUAUAUGGGUCCUGCUGACCCAGUUUACGCCCGUAAUUAUACGCGCGUAUGCGUAUACGUGGGAAAUUUUACGCGCAGCAGCCUCGUACGACGAAGACACAUCUUUGGCUUGA